GGUCCUAUAGGUCUCACGGGAGACCUUGGACAACAGGGAGAGGCUGGACCCAAUGGUGUGGAUGGUCUGCCCGGGUCCAAAGGAGACAUAGGAGACCCUGGGAAAUCUGGACCACCAGGUGCGGCAGGAGAACCUGGACCACCUGGACCUCCUGGGCGAAGGGGCCACUUGGGAAAACAAGGGAAGGAAGGAAAGGCAGGCCUGAAAGGAGCGAAGGGUGCUCCCGGUUUGGAGGGUCCCAUAGGCAAGACAGGGCCUGUAGGUGCCCAGGGUCACCCUGGGAAACCUGGGCCUCAAGGUUUAAGAGGGAUCCCUGGCCCUGCAGGUGAGCAGGGUUUAAAUGGACCCCCAGGCCAGACAGGACCCCCAGGUCCCAUGGGUCCACCGGGAUUACCUGGACUGAAAGGAGACCAUGGCAAGAAGGGAGACAAGGGUCAUGGUGGUCUAAUAGGUCUGAUAGGGCCACCAGGAGACAUGGGAGAGAAGGGCGACAGAGGACUGCCAGGAAACCAGGGACUACCUGGUCCAAAAGGAGAUGAGGGUCCGCUUGGUCCACCAGGUCCUCACGGUCCCCUUGGCCCCACGGGUCUGUCUGGUGCUAUUGGUUUAAAGGGCUCAAAAGGAAACCAGGGUCCAAUUGGUCCCAGAGGAGACACUGGGCCUGCAGGCCCUCCAGGACCACCAGGAUUGCCAGCAGCUGGGAUUUCCCCUCUGCCAGAGCGAGGACGGAGAAGGAGAACCCACACCUUGGUGGAUGGUGCUACAUUUGAAGUGGAAGAGGAGGAGGGGGAUGCGAUAGAUGGAAGAGAGGAAGAAUGGAUGCAGGGGGACCAGGCAGAGCAGCACGGUGGGAUGAAGGAGAAGGACGGCCAAGGCAUGGAGGAAGUGUUUGCAUCUCUGUCCUCUAUGAAAGUAGAGGUGGAGGGUCUGCGUAACCCACAAGGGACGUACCACAGCCCCGCCCGCACCUGUAAGGAGCUCUGGCUCCUCCAGCCAGAUCUCCCCAACGGUGAGUACUGGAUAGAUCCAAACCAGGGUUGCCAUAGAGACUCCUUCAAGGUGUUUUGUAACUUCACUGCACAGGGAGAGACAUGUCUGUACCCUGACAAGAAGUUCCAGUCGGUGAAGUUAGCAGCCUGGAAAGGGGAGAAGCCCGGUACCUGGUACAGUAAAUUCAGGAAAGGAAGACAG